AUGGACGGUUGCGCGUCUGUCUGCACUGGACCGUCCGCGAAUUCGCCGGCGGGGACGGAGAUCAAGCUGGACCAGAUGCCAUACACGGAGGAGGAACCGGAGUUGAAGAAAGAGCUCGAGUCCUUGUCCACGUCGGUUGCUAAGCCCCAGGAGAUGCUAGCCAGCUUGAAGUUGCAGCACGCCGCGAUCCAUGCAACCAUGCUGGACAUGGAGGAGCUUCUCUCCACUUCGCAGACGCAGCUCACGCAGCUGGCUGCCAAGGUGGAGCAGGCCACAAUUGCGGCAGGGCUGGGUGAAACGGAUGUCUGGGGAGAGGAGGACUUUGUGACAAUGGUGUGA